GCCUGCCUCUGAGCCUUGCACAGACCCAGAGAGAUGUGCAAGAGGACAUUGGAAGAUCGUUUGUGUGUUUAUUUGUUAUCCCAGUUUUGUUAAUUUAUAAGUAACUCCAGGCCAGCCAACCUUAACCCGGCUCUCCAGUCUAAAAUUGGCCAACCUUUUUCUCAUGCCGCCUGGUAGCUCCAGAGCUCAAGCGUCUUCUUUCCAUCUCGCAGGAUCCAAGGAAUUCCGGUUCUCUUCCAGCCCCUUGUUGAAGAAGCUCCUGGAGGAAGCAGUGACAGAUGUUGCUUUCUUGCCACUCAAUCUCCGUGCCGCUUUUGCAAGCAAAGAAGUUCCGUUUCGCUUUGAUGACGCAGCGCGAACAUUCAUCGCCUCUUCGGGGAUCCCCUCCGUCUCCUUCAGCAUCAACAACGGCGGAGACUCCUACCCCUACCCCUAUUUCGGCACAGCGGAGGACAAUACGGGCAACCUUCUCGCGGUCUUUAGCAACAGCAUCACCACGAUGGAGAAUGCGAUGCGUUUGGCUGCCCUAAUCGCCGGCCGGAUGGCGCUCAGGUUGACCCACGACCGGGAACUCUACCUGGAUUACAAGAGCUACGACAGCCGGCUGCACAGUUUUGUCACCAGCCUGCUCCCUUACCAGAGGGAGAUGAAGAAGCGAGGUUUGGAGAUCCAGUGGCUCUUUCGGGCCCGCGGAGAUUUUACUCGCGCUACCACUGCGCUGACCCAGGAUGUGAAAAACACAGACCUCAACGACAGGGAUGCGUCCCGUCUCCUGAAUGACCGGCUGAUGAAAGUGGAGUACCAGUUCCUCUCCCCAUACGUCUCCCCCAUGGAUACGCCUUUCCGCCACAUCCUCCUGGGCUCCGGAUCCCACACCGCCCAGGCCCUGCUGGAACACGUCAGCCUGCUGAAGACCAACUCGAGCGCCUUCGACGAAGACCUCUUCAGGAACCAGCUGGCUCUCUUGACGUGGACCAUCCAAGGAGCAGCCAACACCCUCUCGGGCGACGUUUGGGACAUCAACAACGAACUCUGAAGCCCCUGAUCCCCCCACCCCACCCUUCCAAAAGACCCACACACCCUCUUUCCCCCCUCCCC